AUGAAGACCUUGGCCAUCCUUGUCCUCUGUGCUCUGGCAUGUGUGUGCCACUCUAUUGGAGACUCCUCUACCCCCACUGCCUCAAAGCCUGCUAGUGAGAAAAGUGUGGGUGUGUUUGUUAAGAAGGACCUGGCCUCCACUUUGGUGCGACAGAAGAGAGCCGGCACUGCCCUUGCAGACUUGUCCCUGACUCAGCUGGAGAGUCUGAGGGAGAUGUGUGAGCUUAACUACUGGUGUGAGAACCUGAUGGACACAGCUGGGAUCAUUGCUGCCUACACUGAAUUCUAUGGACCAAUCCCAUACUGUCACGCCUUGGGAACAAAUGAGAAACAGAUUAGGCUACACACUAAUGGAGACCUGAAGAAAUGA